ACUCCACCUGACUUCACCCAUUUCUCAUUUCACUCAGUCCAUCCAAAUGUUUAAGCCCAAUUGAUUAAUCCAAUACAAUGCUGCUACUCUCUGCGGUUACAAUCCCUCUCUGCAACUCCAACUGUAGCAACUGUAACCUCCUUCUCUGCCCCAACAACAACCUCACCACCACCACCACCACCACCACGACAACUUCCACCUCCACUCUCCGGCACACUCCACUCUCUCUCCUCACCACCAACGCCUCCUCCUCCUCUUCCCUCGCAAACGGCAGCUCCGAGCACCACUCCCUCCACAACCACAACCACAACCCUAACCCUAACCCUAGCCCUCUCCGUCACGUGUGCCUCGAUGAAUCGGAAGAAGGCGGAGGAGGAGGAGGAGGAGGAGGAGGAGGAGAGGCCAUGGUGUCUUCGGCGUCGGCAGUGGCGUCGGUUAUACGCAAGGCGUCGACCUCACCUGUUGAAUUCGUGCAGAGGAUUGACAAGGAUGGGAAGAAGAAAGGAUUGACACUGCCGAGUCCUGACUUUCAGAUACUCUCCCUUGAACAGUUGGAUCUCUUUCGCCGUAUCGUCCAUCCCGAUGCUCUUCUCUCGGUCUUUGUAAGACCGGCUGGAAGUUAUGUAAUGGACCAAUUGGAGCUGCGUCGAGUUACUGUCUAUCCACGAGUUAAUGCAGCUGAUAUUGUGAUAUUAAUCAGUAAUUUUAGUGUUCCAACAGGGUUAAGAGUGGCAGAAGCUACCAUUUCAAAUCAACAAGCAGAAUUUAUUCCCGAGUGCAGAGCGGUGGUUUUUCCUAUGGUGAAACAUCCAUUUGUGGUGGGUUUUUUGGUUGCUGAACUACCUAAGAUGGAAUUUGAAAGGGAAGAGCAUGAUAUAAAACACUGUCCUUUGCCUGAGGAAUCUUAUGCUUUGCCUCCAUAUAUGGAUAUGAAAUCAUGGGAAGUUCAAUCAUUCAAGGAUAACCAAUUGGAAAUAUACAGGUUCACUGCUGAGCAGAGAUUAAAUGCUAUAAACAUUUCUCGGUCUCUUGCAAUGGCAUAUGUUAUGGAUCAGAAAGCCAUAUUGCUCCAGCAAUCGUCGUGGCAAAAUAACAUCAGGAUGAAUAGUUUGGUUGAGCAAAUUCGUGGUCCUCUAUCGAGCAUUCGAACUUUAAGUCAAAUGUUAUCUCUACACAUGAAGAGAAGUGAGGUCUCUUAUGAUAUUGUUGAAGACAUUUUAGUGCAAGGUGAUUGUAUCAGAGACACCCUUCAACAACUUCAGGAUGCUGUUUACGUGACAAAGGCUAACAUAAUCCGGUAUAAUGAAGAAACAUUGAAGAAAAUGCAUCACUCAUCUUACGUCCAUCCUGAGCCAGUGCCAUCUCAAUUGUCCACCAACAUUUCCACAGAUACGGAUGGACCAUUUUCUUUCACUUCUACAUCCAAGGAUUUAGAAAUACCCAUGCCGCCUCUUGCUCUUGCACCGCUACAACAAGAAGGCAUCAGAAGACCAUGCAACGUUUCUGGUGUACUAGAAGAUUUGGUUGGGGCUGUAAAACCUCUGGCUCAUAAGCAACAACGCAUGGUUGAACUACGUGGACUUUCACAUUCCUUGCAAGUUGCUGUAGAAGAACCUGCUUUGCGCCAGGCUUUGAGCAAUCUAAUUGAGGGGGCUUUACUGCGCACACACGUUGGAGGGAAGGUUGAAAUUGUGUCUAUUGGAGCACCAGCCGGAGGUGUUCUUGUGAUAAUCGAUGAUGAUGGACUGGAUAUGCACUACAUGUUCAUUUCCCUGCAGACACAGAUGCAUUCGCUCACGCCAUUUGGAGCAGAUCUCCUUUCCGAAGAUAUGGUUGAAGACAACAUGACAUGGAACUUUGUUGCAGGGCUGACUGUUGCUCGAGAGAUACUGGAAAGUUAUGGAUGUGUUGUUCGUGUUAUAUCACCACGGAGAACAGACGCUUCGCUUGGAGUAGGUGGAACCCGCGUUGAACUUUGGCUUCCCUCUUCUUCUGAUGCAUCUGAUCUAGACGGCCCAGCUUAGGAGGUGUAGUAAGCAAGCGAAACUACACUAUUGUUGAACAGUUAAAUGAACUUGUGUCCAACUUCAGAUUUUAUGCUUACAAUAAGUUGGAAUUUGGCAACUGCCUUGCCUCUUUGGUUGCGAUUUCUUUGUAUAAUUUGAUAGAGAAAAGGUUACUCUCCUCACCUGUUCUCUACUUCGUUAUGUACAGGUUGUAUAAUUUUUACUGAUGCAUAUUUCAGGAAAAAAAUUGUAUAUAUGAAGAUGGUGUGACUAUUUUGGUGAAAUGUUGUUUGCAAUUUUAUCAAUUAUAUGUGGAUGCAAUUUACAGGAGAAA